UGGACUUCGACUAAGUACUAAUCUGUGCUUUCCCCACACAGAUGCCAACACUAACCACCAUCUCAAAAUCCCACAUGUCUCCCGCGAGCGUCGCAGCUAGCAGUGCGCUUAAAGCAGAUAUCACUGCAACGCAGAGCGGCGACCGGACUCAGGGCGAUACUCAGGGGGACUCAAGGACCCACAAAAUGAAAGAGCAAUCGGUUAUCUUGCCUAAUCACCAGCACAGGCCGGACAAAAGCAGGGAGCCAAGGGAAGCCCGCCGCCACAGCAUUAUAUUUGAUUCCGAGGAUGAGGACUGUUACGAGGACACGAUCGAUUUCAUACGUCGUUCUAAACAAAGACGUUCAUCUCUAGAUGGACCUCGACCAUACUUAACAGUGUCCGGAGAUGACCUUCAGGGCUCUAGUGAUCGCUCCAGCCCACGCGUCCACUUUCGUUCUCGUGUACGCAUAACUGCUGGCAUGCGUCGCAGGCGGCUUUCUGACGGACUGCCGUCUGGUGCUUCGUCAAUAUCGGGUUCGCCUUGCUCAUCCAUUUCUGCACCAUUGCGUUCUGCGAAUGCUGCAAGUUCAAAAGGAUGGGGCCCACUAGGACAGCGAGUGAGUAUCCUCGCAUCACAGAGCUAUGAUUCGGAGCCAUCAUCACCCACUGGUCGGCGGAAAACACGACACAAAAUCAUCCCAUCGGAACCAUAUCACAGUCCUGUGAAUGAACACACGCCACUCUUACGACCCCCUUGCAGAUACUCGUACGCAAGGGGAUACAACGAAGAUGAUUUGGCGGACGAGGACGUGGAGAGGCAGCGAGAACGUGUGAUAGAUGAAACCUUCGGCAAGUGGCCCGGGAGACUGCUGAAUCGCCACUGGUGGUGGUGGCAACUUGAACCACUUGUUUGCUGCACCUGUGUGGACUGCUCUGACGUUGAGGAAUAACAUCAAAAUGCCACCCGAAAUCUCUUGCAUGUUAUGGGUACCAUCCAG